UCCUGACAGACACACACACCAAAAAAAAAAAAAGAAAAAAAAAAAGAACCGUCGCCGAUCAAGUAUUCAACUUAGCCAUGACGCGAAAGCGACGGAGAUCAGGGAAGACCGUCCCCAAGAAGUCCAACGCCGCCGGCCUAACGGCGCUCGCGCUCUGCUUCACCAGGCGACUACAACUACAAGCGCCGCCCCCCGUCGUCGACGUCGCGGGGGAGCCGCCGGGCGGCCCUAGCACCGCCGCCGCCGCCAACCUCGUCUUCUCGCCGGUGUCCGUCUACGCAGCGCUUGCGCUGCUCGCCGCCGGCGCACGCGGCAGCACGCUCCAGGAGCUCCUUGACGCGCUCGGCGGAGACUCCCGCGACGACCUCACCGCGUUCGCAGGCCGCGCCGGGGAGCGCGCCCUCGCGGACCGGUCGCGGUCGCGGUCGCGGGCGGGCGCGGUCGGUGGGCCGGCCGUCGCGUUCGCGUGCGGCGCGUGGCUCGACGCCGCGUGGGCGCUCCUGCCGGCCUUCCGCGACGCCGCCGCCGCCGCGUCCUACAACGCCGAGGCGCGCGCCGUCGACUUCGGUAACCAGCCGGCGGAGAAGGCAGUUGGUGAGAUCAACCGCUGUGUGGCGGCGGCGACCAACAAUCACAUCGACUCGAUUCUUGAUCCAAGUUCAGUGGACACACUCACAACCCUCGUGCUUUGCAGCGCCAUCUACUUCAAGGGCAGAUGGGAGGCGCCGUUCGCCAAGGCGCACACGGUGGUGGACAAGUUCCACCGCCUCGACGGCAGCACAGCCGACGUGCCCUUCAUGUCCUCGGUGCGGAGCCAGUACAUCGCCAUCCGCAAAGGGUACAAGCUGCUCAAGCUCCCGUACAGAUCGCCGGCAGCACCGGCGCCAGCACCACGACGUAAGGGAGCAACACCAUCAGAGAGCAACCGGCCCACCGGCGACGGCGGCGAUGAUGAUGACGACGACCCCGCCCCGAAAUACUCAAUGUGCAUCUUCCUGCCGGACGAGCGGGACGGGCUCCCAGGUCUCGUCGAGAAGAUAGCCUCCGGCGCUGGGUUCUGGCACUACCGCCUGCCGACGUCGCAGGUCCCCGUCGGGGCCUUCCGGCUGCCCAAGUUCAAGGUGUCUGCCUCCGGCAGCGUGAGGGAGGUCCUGAGAGACGGCAUGGGGAUCAAGUCCGCUUUCGUUGCUGGCGAAGCUGACCUGGCCGACAUGGCGGCCAAGCGCGACGACGACGAGGACGCUGCACGCACGCCACUGUGCGUGUCGGACGUCUGCCAUAAGGCGGUGCUCGAGGUGAACGAGGGAGGCACCGUUGCCAACGGUGCCACCGCCAGCUACAUGCUCUGUGGAGCAAGUGCGAUAAUGGAGCAGCCGGCGACGGUGGAUUUCGUUGCUGACCACCCAUUCGUGUUCUUUGUGAUCGAGGAGGUGUCUCGUGCUAUCAUCUUUGUUGGCCGCAUCGUCGACCCUUCAGUUUCAGGGUGAUGGCCGGUAGUAAUUAAGCCUCUGAUACUUCAUAUCUAUCAAGUACACUAAGCUAGUAAACUGUAAGCUAGAGUUCGAUUGAGUUGCCUCCGUAGAAAAUCUGAACUUCUUGCAGACCUAUCUCACGCAUAUAUAGUGAAACGAAACGAUCGACCAGAUGACAAUAUUUUUAGUUGGUUUUUCUGAUUGACUUCA